CAAAACAACAGCCAGCAGCUCAUAUACAUGGGGAACGCUUCCUUUUCGGAAGGACAUGAUUAUAUCGAUCUCACACCAGAUCCAACCGCCACCGUGAACGUUUCUUCUUCAAACGAAACGGCUCCAAAUGUGGCGUUACAGAACUGCAUAGGAAGGGUCCUCUAUCGCCAGCAGCUCACGAUGUGGCCGGCAAGUUUCACCACCACCUUCACCAUCUUCGUGAAAAACAUCACCACCGUGACGAAUUUCAAUGGCGACGGUAUUGCCUUCAUCAUCGCUUCAAACAACAGAAGCUUUUUACCCAAGAGCUACGGAGCUUUCCUCGGCCUCUUCGACUCAUCCACGAACGGAAACACAACCGACCAGCUUGCCAUCGAAUUCGACACAUUCCAGAACGAAUUCGAUCCGGACAACAAUCAUGUGGGCAUCGACAUCCAGGGCAUCAUAUCCAACGUAACCGCUGGUAUGGGAGACCACGGCAUGGACAUCAAGGCCGGGCGAGCUAUAAAUGUCCGGGUCAACUAUGACGGCUGGGCUAAAUCCCUGCAAAUCUACACGCGCUAUGCUAACAGUGGUUCGGCCUACGCAAGCCUUCUCAACAGCACGGUGGAGCUCGAAAACACUGUUCCAAGAUCGGCGUACGUGGGAUUUUCUGCGGCAACAGGGAAUUCAUACGAGAUACACAGAAUUCUCGACUGGAAUUUCAGUUCCGUGAUGCUGCCGGAAUCUUCUCUGAUUUUGCUUCCGGCGGUAACGGGAACGCACCAAGGAUCGGGCGGCGGGGUCAAACUCGGCAUCUUGGUGGGCUCCAUUACAGUCGGGUUGGUUUUGGUGGGAUUGCUAGCCUUGUGGUUCGUUGCUAAGAGGAUGAAAAGGAAACAACAGGAUACUUUAAUUCCAGGCCGAGGAAGCUUCAGCGAAGAGCUGGCAAUGAUCCAAAACGCGCCUCACCGGUUUUCGUACAGUCAAUUAGCCGCCGCCACUAACAACUUCAGCGAAGCGGAGCUUCUAGGAACCGGUGGGUUCGGAAGCGUGUACAGAGGAAACCUUAAUGCCGGAGGCGACGAAAGGGUGUCGUUGGUGGCGGUGAAGAAAAUCUCUGCCGGUUCAAGACAGGGGGAAAGGGAAUUCAUCUCAGAAAUCAUCACCAUAGGCCGCCUCCGGCACCGGAACUUGGUGCAGCUUCACGGGUGGUGCCACGAGCGUGAUGAGCUUCUCCUGGUCUACGAUUACAUGCCCAACGGAAGCCUGGACAAAUUUCUCUACGACAAAACCAGGGGCCCGCCCUUGAAUUGGCAGCGGCGACACAGGAUUUUGUGCGGCCUGGCCUCGGCUCUACUGUACCUGCACGAAGAAUGGGAACAGAGGGUCAUUCACCGCGACGUGAAGCCCAGCAAUGUGAUGCUCGACCGAGACUUCAACGCUCGCCUGGGGGACUUCGGGCUGGCCCGGCUCAUCGAGCAUGACGAUGCUAAUCCAGCUGUGAGCACCCGAAUGGCGGGUACGCCCGGUUACGUGGCCCCCGAGUGCAGCUACACGGGCAAGGCCACAGCAGAAUCGGACGUCUUCAGUUUUGGGAUCGUGAUGUUGGAGGUUGCCACUGGUAGGCGAGUGGUGGAGCGCAAUUGUCCAUUGACUGAAGGGAAUUUGGUGGAUUGGGUUUGGGGGCUUUAUAGCGAGGGAAGAGUUUUGCAUUGUGUGGAUCCCAAAUUGGAAGGGUCUGAUUAUGAUGAAGAGCAGAUAAGAAGAGUGCUGAUCUUGGGUUUAGCAUGCUCGCAUCCUGAUCCACAGUUACGCCCUUCUGUCAGGCAAGCCCUUCAAGUGCUAAUAAACCCUAAUGAAGAGCUACCGCAGCUGCCUUCCACUAGGCCACUGGCUAUCUAUGUUGUGUUGCCGCCGGUAGGAGCUGUGUUUUCUGAGUCCACGUUGUUUUCGAAUAUGGGUGGAGGUCCCGCAUCGUCUAGUCUCAUAGUUGAAAGUAGCACGGGAUCCAUUACUACAUCUACGCUACGUGAUGGUAGGUAGAGAUGCCUGGGUCGCCUUCCUUUCGUGUCCCUCUUACUCUCCCUUUUUUAAAUCGUGUCGGUUCAUGCUGAGCUUAGCUUUCCUUACGUACUUGUUUAUUAUAUUCCUGGUCUAUGAUAAAUAUACUACGAUUCACUGGGUGUAUGAUUAUAUUCCUUGUCUAUGAUGAAUUGCCCAAUGUUUUUACUUUACUAGGGGAUAUAAAGGGAAAUAGAGAGGGUAA